AUGGCUCGUCGUUCAGCUCAAAAACGUAGUCGCAAUCCAAAUGCUCCAAAGCGAGGCAAAACAGCUUGGAACUUGUUCUUUACUGAACAUCGGGACGACGUUAAGAAAGAAAAUCCAGCUUUGAACAUUCACGAAAUCCAGAAAAAAAUAAGUGAAAUGUGGCAACAAUGUAACGAAGAAACAAAACAUCAAUAUCUAAAACAGCAACAAGCCAAUCAAAUUGAAUACGAAGAAAAAUUAGCAAGAUACAAAGAAGAACAAAAGAAUAAACGAUCUCAAUCGAAAAAGAAGAACAAUCAAGGUGGACAAACUAAAAAAAGCAGCAAUAAUGAUAGCAAUAAUAUCGAAACAAAUAAUGAAUAA